AUGGCACGCUCGUCAAGCGUCCUUGCCGGCGGCCUGCUGGGCGCCGCUUCUCUUGGCGGCCUGGCCUUCCUGGCACCUGGCCAGAGCCGACCAGAGCUCGAGGUGCAGACUCAGGUGGCUGCUCAGGCUCCAGGCUUCCUGGCGUCCUCCUCCUCCUCCAGCAGCAGCAGCGCCGCACAGGGCGUGACCGGUGCCUUGGCCGUGGCUGGCCUGAGCGUCGCUGCUGUGCGAGGCGCAUCGGCCGCGUCCCGCCAGAAGGGCAUCAAGCCUCGGGCUGCCAAGAGCGUGGUCGCGUGCCGGUCCCUGGCCAAGCUGAAGAUUGACGAGGUGGACUUGAAGGACAAGCGCAUCUUCAUCCGUGUGGACUUCAACGUGCCCCAGGACAAGAAGGACCCGAACAUCAUCACCAACACUGCCCGCAUCGAUGCGGCCCUGCCCACCAUCAAGUACGCCCUGGACAACGGUGCGAAGUCUGUGGUGCUCUGCUCGCACCUGGGCCGCCCCAACGGCCAGAAGGACGAGAAGUUCUCCAUGAAGCCGGUGGCAAAGGUGGUCGAGGAGAAGCUGGGAAGGCCCGUGAAGCUGAUGGACGAUGUGGUUGGUGAGGAUGUGGAGGCUGCCUGCAAGGAUCCUGAGCCGGGCACCGUGAUCCUGUUGGAGAACUCCCGGUACUAUGUCGAGGAGGAGGGCAAGGGCAAGGAUGCUGAUGGCAACAAGGUGAAGGCGGAUCCUGAGAAGGUGAAGGAGUUCCGCGCCUCCCUUGCCAAACUGGCUGACAUCUACUGCUCGGAUGCCUUCGGCACGGCGCACCGCGCCCACAGCUCCAUGGUCGGAGAGGGCUAUCCCGUGAAAUGCUCCGGCUUCCUGCUGGCCAAGGAGCUCGAUUACUUCGCGAAGGUGGUGGAUGCCCCGACCCGGCCAGUGUGCGGCAUCCUCGGUGGAGCCAAGGUGGCAGACAAGAUCCAGCUGAUCAUGAACCUGCUUGACAAGGUUGACAUCAUGAUCAUUGGAGGAGGAAUGGCCUUCACCUUCAUCAAGGAGGCCGGUGUGGACAUUGGCAACUCCCUCUAUGACGAGGAGGGCGCCAAGCUGGUACCAGAGAUUAGGAAGAAGGCAGAGGAGAAGGGCGUUGAGCUCAUCCUGCCUGUGGACUUCAUUUGUUCCUCCAAGUUCGGUGACGAUGGAGAGAUCAAGGAGGGCGACAUGAGCACAGGCGUUCCGGACGGCUUCUUGGGUCUCGACAUUGGCCCCAAGUCCAUCGAGAUGAACGACGAGGCCAUCAAGAAGUCCAAGACCAUCGUCUGGAACGGGCCCAUGGGUGUCUUCGAGAUGGGGGCCUUCGAGAAGGGAACCAAGCAGAUGAUGGAGACCAUCGUGGCAGUCACAAAGGAGGGUGCCGUCUCCGUGAUCGGCGGAGGCGACACCGCCACUGCCUGCAAGAAGUACGACACCGUUGACAAGGUCUCCCACUGCAGCACCGGCGGCGGUGCGUCCCUGGAGCUGCUCGAGGGCAAGCUGCUGCCCGGCGUGGCCGCGCUGGAUGACUCCAAGGAGCUGGCAAUGACAAAUCCCUCGCUGCUGGACAAUUGCAAGGGUGAUUGCAAGGGUGAUUGCAAGGUGCGACAUGAAACCACCCUCCUGUACCCCCUCUCUCUGGCAGUGAUGGCACGCUCGUCAAGCGUCCUUGCCGGCGGCCUGCUGGGCGCCGCUUCUCUUGGCGGCCUGGCCUUCCUGGCACCUGGCCAGAGCCGACCAGAGCUCGAGGUGCAGACUCAGGUGGCUGCUCAGGCUCCAGGCUUCCUGGCGUCUUCCUCCUCCUCCAGCAGCAGCGCCGCACAGGGCGUGACCGGUGCCUUGGCCGUGGCUGGCCUGAGCGUCGCUGCUGUGCGAGGCGCAUCGGCCGCGUCCCGCCAGAAGGGCAUCAAGCCUCGGGCUGCCAAGAGCGUGGUCGCGUGCCGGUCCCUGGCCAAGCUGAAGAUUGACGAGGUGGACUUGAAGGACAAGCGCAUCUUCAUCCGUGUGGACUUCAACGUGCCCCAGGACAAGAAGGUGUGUAGGAUGAGCCAGACUCAUGAUAUUGUUGAUGGUGAUGAAGUUGGUGAGGACCCGAACAUCAUCACCAACACUGCCCGCAUCGAUGCGGCCCUGCCCACCAUCAAGUACGCCCUGGACAACGGUGCGAAGUCCGUGGUGCUCUGCUCGCACCUGGGCCGCCCCAACGGCCAGAAGGACGAGAAGUUCUCCAUGAAGCCGGUGGCAAAGGUGGUCGAGGAGAAGCUGGGAAGGCCCGUGAAGCUGAUGGACGAUGUGGUUGGUGAGGAUGUGGAGGCUGCCUGCAAGGAUCCUGAGCCGGGCACCGUGAUCCUGUUGGAGAACUCCCGGUACUAUGUCGAGGAGGAGGGCAAGGGCAAGGAUGCUGAUGGCAACAAGGUGAAGGCGGAUCCUGAGAAGGUGAAGGAGUUCCGCGCCUCCCUUGCCAAACUGGCUGACAUCUACUGCUCGGAUGCCUUCGGCACGGCGCACCGCGCCCACAGCUCCAUGGUCGGAGAGGGCUAUCCCGUGAAAUGCUCCGGCUUCCUGCUGGCCAAGGAGCUCGAUUACUUCGCGAAGGUGGUGGAUGCCCCGACCCGGCCAGUGUGCGGCAUCCUCGGUGGAGCCAAGGUGGCAGACAAGAUCCAGCUGAUCAUGAACCUGCUUGACAAGGUUGACAUCAUGAUCAUUGGAGGAGGAAUGGCCUUCACCUUCAUCAAGGAGGCCGGUGUGGACAUUGGCAACUCCCUCUAUGACGAGGAGGGCGCCAAGCUGGUACCAGAGAUUAGGAAGAAGGCAGAGGAGAAGGGCGUUGAGCUCAUCCUGCCUGUGGACUUCAUUUGUUCCUCCAAGUUCGGUGACGAUGGAGAGAUCAAGGAGGGCGACAUGAGCACAGGCGUUCCGGACGGCUUCUUGGGUCUCGACAUUGGCCCCAAGUCCAUCGAGAUGAACGACGAGGCCAUCAAGAAGUCCAAGACCAUCGUCUGGAACGGGCCCAUGGGUGUCUUCGAGAUGGGGGCCUUCGAGAAGGGAACCAAGCAGAUGAUGGAGACCAUCGUGGCAGUCACAAAGGAGGGUGCCGUCUCCGUGAUCGGCGGAGGCGACACCGCCACUGCCUGCAAGAAGUACGACACCGUUGACAAGGUCUCCCACUGCAGCACCGGCGGCGGUGCGUCCCUGGAGCUGCUCGAGGGCAAGCUGCUGCCCGGCGUGGCCGCGCUGGAUGACUCCAAGGAGCUGGCAGAUGCCUAA